GCUGCUCCGUGUUCCAGUUGAACAGCUCAGACGCCGCGUUUGUAUAUAUUUGCAGGCAGCCUUGGGGGGACCACCUCAGGAGCAGAGCACCGGCAGCCACCUGCAGACCCGGGCAGUACCUCACCAUGGCCAUGGCAGGCGUCUUCGUGCUGUUCUCUUUCGCGCUUUGCGGCUUCCUCCCAGAUGCUGCCUUUGGGGUUGAGGUGGACUGCAGUAGGUUUCCCAACGCUACAAAUGAGGAAGGCAAAGACGUAUUAGUCUGCACCGAAGACCUCCGUCCCAUCUGCGGUACCGAUGGAGUCACUUACAGCAACGACUGCUUGCUGUGUGCCUACAACAUAGAAUAUGGAACCAAUAUCAGCAAAGAGCAUGAUGGAGAAUGCAGGGAAGCUGUUCCUGUGGACUGCAGCAGGUAUCCCAACAUGACAAGUGAGGAAGGCAAAGUGCUGAUCCUCUGCAACAAGGCCUUCAACCCCGUCUGCGGUACUGAUGGGGUCACCUACGACAACGAGUGUCUGCUGUGUGCCCACAACGUAGAGCAGGGGACCAGCGUUGGCAAGAAGCAUGAUGGUGAAUGUAGGAAGGAACUUGCUGCAGUUGACUGCAGUGAAUACCCUAAGCCUGCCUGCACGAUGGAAUACAGACCUCUCUGUGGCUCUGACAACAAAACAUAUGACAACAAGUGCAACUUCUGCAAUGCAGUCGUGGAAAGCAACGGGACUCUUACUUUAAGCCAUUUUGGGAAAUGCUGAAUAUCAGUGCUGAGAGAAUUCACCACAGGAUCCCCACUGGCAAAUCCCAGCGAGAGGUCUCACCUCGGUUCAUCUCGCACUCUGGGGAGCUCGGCUCACUCCCGAUUUUCUUUCUCAAUAAACUAAAUCAGCAACAA